ACGGUUCAAACAUAUCUACAACAGAUCUAAACAGAUUUUUUAUAACAAAAAUUUUUUAAAAUAAUCUUUCACUGGCAUUUGAGACAUUAGUCUCGUAUCGUAUCGUAAAGCAUUAUACAUAAAUAAUCAUUAAAUAUGGGUGAACUAGAAGAGAAGGAAAAUGCACCAGGUGAAACAUCACCACAAGAAGUUGCUGAUGAACCAAAAGAAACUGAUAAAAUGCUCGAAAAAAAAGAAAAUGCAUCAGUUACGCCUGAGGUUCCAAUAAAGGAUAAAUUACCUAGUCCUAAUGUGGAUACUAAAAAGUCUUCCUCCAAACCCAACACACCCAAUGGUGAUAAAAAAUCUCUGAACUCUACAAAUGAAGAUGCAAUUGCUAAAAGACCAAACAAUGGAGAAGAAAUUAUAGAUAUACCAGAUACAAAUGAUGAAAAAAAAAUUUCUAAAGAAGAACGUGAAGUCAAACCGAAAAAGAUACCAAUUGGUGGCUUAAAAUUACCUGGUUACUUUAUGAAAUCCAAACCUAAAUCUGAUGGUGACGGUGCUGAAGGCGAAUUAUUGGAAAAAGAAAAUAAAGAAGAAUCGAAUCCCAAUGAAGCUAAAACUAAAAAAGAUGAAAAGCCUCGAAGUUUUGGUGAACGUUUCCGCAAUUUUUUCGCACGCAAGCCAACUGCUGAUAAACAAGCCAAACAAACAGCAAAUGGUGCUGAUGCCGAUGCUAAAAGUGAAGCAACCGCAGAAGCUGCACCAGCCGGUGGUCAAGAAAAUUCCAAUGCUGCACCAGAAGGACCACCACAAAAGCGUGGACUCUUAAAUGCUAUUAAACUACCUAUAGCUAAUAUGAUACCGAAAAAGAAAUCCGAUGAAGAUGUUGAAUUGGGCUUGGGUAAAGCAGGACUCGCUUCCAUGGAAACACUAGAUGACUCUUUAAAAGAUCAGGACUGUGUUGACAAAGCACCAACAAAAAAUAAUGGCACAGAUGAUAUACAUAAAUUAAAAAAAUCUCCAAGUGCUGAAAUUAAGCUAGCCGCUUCAGAAGAGAAAACUCCUGAAGAAGCUGAACCAACUAUAUCGAUUGCUGACCGUUUACUUUCUUAUAAAUGCUCAGUAGAUGAUGCACUCAUUGCAUUAGGUGUUUUCCUAUUUAUUUUAUUAGUUGCAGUCAUUGGUUAUGUGCUUUCUCAUGAGACUCUGACAUCACCACCGAUACGCGAAGGUCGCUUUAUUGAUGCUGUUACUAGUUGUGGUAUGGUGGAAGGUGUUAAAGAAGACGGUGCCUUUGCAUUCCGUGGAAUACCAUAUGCUAUUCCUCCGACUGGUGAACAGCGCUGGCGUCCGGCACAAUUGAUUGAAGGUAUCGACGAUUGUUGGAAUGGUACACUACAAGCACACAAUGUUAGUGAAUUAUGUACUCAAAUGAUCGGCAAUGGUACUAUAAUUGGCAACGAAAAUUGCUUAUACUUAGAUGUAAUAACACCACAUAUACGUUAUGAUAAUCCAUUGCCAGUCAUUGUAUUAAUCGGCGCAGAAACAUUAACUGGACCUUCUCCUGGCAUUUUACGCCCUUCUGCACGCUACUCUCGCUCUCAUGAUGUCAUAUUUGUACGACCUAACUUCCGUUUAGGUGCAUUUGGUUUCUUAGCUCUUGAAGCAUUAACUAAGGAUGCAUAUCCACGUACAUCUGGCAAUUAUGCACUUACAGAUAUAAUAGCUGUGCUCAAUUGGAUUAAAAUAAAUAUCAUACAUUUUGGUGGUGAUCCUAAAGCAGUAACUUUGUUGGGUCAUCGAGCUGGCGCUACGCUUGUAUCGGCAUUAGUUAGCUCAAAAAAAAUCGAUCAUUUGUACGAACGUGCUUGGGUGUCAUCUUCAUCGGCUAUAUUCCCCGGUAAACCAUUACAUGAGUCUGAGAAACGUAAUCAGGAAAUAAUGCAAGCCUUAGAGUGUCGAGAUGUAGCUUGCUUGCGUGCUGCUUCCACCGAGCAAAUAUGGGAUGCCACUCCAGAUACUUGGUUACACUUUCCAGCCGAUAUACCUACAAACGAAGAAAAUACAAGUGGCCAUCAUGAAUGGCUUGUUUUGGAUGGCAACAUCUUACAGAAACAUCCAGCCGACGCAUGGAAAGAAGAACAUACAGGUAAACCUAAGCUAGUUAUGGGCACAACAGCACAUGAAUCGCAUACAGAAAAGUUACGACAACGGUAUGCUGAUUGGACGGCCGAGGAAGUGCGUAAUUUCAUUGAAACAUCAAAAAUUGGUGCUCUAAAUCUUACUGAAGAGGCUAUACAAAGAUAUAAUGCUACCAAUUAUCGAGGACUUGUUUCACUAAUUACUGAUAUACGUACUGUUUGCCCACUCUUAGUCAAUGCACGUUUGCAAACAUCUGUUCCAUUCUAUGUGGUAGUACAAGGUGGAGGAGAAGAUAAAUUAGCUAAAGUAGAUUCGGAUGUACUAGCAAUAUUAGGGCGGUACGAGCCACAUACUGUCGAACAGCGAAGAUUUGUAUCAUCAAUGCAACAACUCUUUUAUUAUUAUAUAGCACAUGGAAUUGUGCCACAAUAUGACCCACGAAGGCCGGUAAUAAAUGUUGGACAAGAUUCUCUUUCCCAAGAAGAUCAUCCCAACUGUAAUUUCUGGAUUAGCAACGAUAUUGUACCACGCUAUGCGCGUGUCGAUUAAUUUAAUUCGAAAAAGUCGAUUAAAUACAUUCUCAGAUAAAUUGACUUGAAAAAUUCUCUUAGCGAUAACAUAUAAAUAACAUAUUUAUACAUAUAUACAUAUGUAUAUAUAUGCGAUUAUGUUAUAAAAACAAAGUAAAAUAAUUCUCAAAUAUGUUUUUUAUAUUUUAUUAUACUUUGCUUUAGUACUUUUCUUAAAAUCAUA